AUGCCUUUAUGAAAACAACAGGAGAAAAGGAAUGCCUCUCAUUGAGCGCAAACUCUUCAGCUGAUGUUUUAAAUAAAUGCAAAAAACUACAUCAACAAUUUGUUGGAACUCUCGCCAAGUACAGUGACAGAAUUGCAUACGUUCUUGACUCGGUUUUUGUUUUCGAAGAAGGGACAAACAAAAUGCUGGAUGAAGGAGGUCGCAUUACAUUGAUGGAGGCCAUGAAAGCUCUCGAGUUUUUGUCACCUAUGACGCAGAAUCCAGUGCGCUUUGACAGCAAUGGAGUUAUGCUUGAUAUUGUUUCAGUCAUUUAUAACCUUCAAUUAAACUUUGCAACUAACAAAAUUGAAUUUAUUAGAGUUGGUGAAUACGACAAAAACAGAGAAAUUUCAAAAAGACUUAACCUAAAUGUCAAUGUUCUACGUUGGAAAAAUGGCACAAAAACUGCCCCAGUUUCUAAGUGCAGUCCUGAUUGCCUUGCUGGGUGGAAACGAAUUUUACCUAACACUGGGUCUGCGUGUUGCUGGACGUGUCAGAAAUGCCCGAAUGGAUCUAUUAGUGAAAACAACAACUCUGUCUCGUGCUCUAAGUGUGGGGCGUUGUUUGUAAACAACCCGAUGCAGUCGGCUUGUGUAAAGUUUAGAACGACGUCCUUUGGAUGGUUCGACCCGAUGGGGGAGUUCAUGAUUUUCUUGAUAACUGCCGGCCUUUGCGCCACGUUCUUCAUUCUGGGAAUCUUCAGCCAAAACCGCGACUGUGACGUCGUUAAAUCUGCUGACUACAAAUUGAUGGUGUUCAUGCUUUUUGGACUUGCCUUGUGCUUCUUCACACCUGUCCCACUUCUACUAGAGCCCUCUUCAACAACAUGCAUUUCCUACGUCAUCAUGUUCAAUCUAGGCCUUACCAUCCCAUUGGCUGUCCUGUUCAUAAAGUCAGCCGCGGUGAGGCAUCGGUUCUUCGACGAAAACAUGGAGCUGAUAAAUGGGUCCCUUGGUUCAAUGCCGCACCUGGUGAUUGCUGGCAUAAUUGUGGCAAUACAAGCGAUCAUACUAGGUAUUGGCAUCAAUUUGGCGGAUACAGAUAUAGAGUACCAAGAAACUAACCAGUGGGAUUUGAAGUAUUCCCAAUGUGCUUACGUCAAAAAUGCCGUCUUCUGGGUUGCAUUUGGUUAUAAUGUCGUCGUCAGCGUUGUUCUCAAUGUCGCCUCGUUCAAAUCCACGAAAAUGGAGGGAGAGUUCAACGAGCAGAAAUGGGUAUGCAUUUCCACCUGCUGUUUUUACCUUGUCUCCUACCUUUACGUCACCUGCUUGUAUGCAGUCUACGGUGCAAACGUAGUCGUUGCCGCUAGCGUCCUCAUAGUCACAUUUGGCCUCGUUUUCAUUCUGACGUACUUUGCUCCGAAGUUGCGCCUAAUUCUUUUCCACCAAACCCCAAAAGCCGAAUUUGGUCCAGAUGGAAAGCCACUGAUGAGUGAUGAAGACAAAGAGCACCACACACCAGCGCUCACUUCGCAUAUGUCUGGAACGGAAGGUCUGAGGAAACACAAGGUUUUGGGAAUGAAGAUAAAGUCAGAUAUGGGAUCGCAGGGAGGACCUUCGAGCGCAUAAGAUGAAUACUCCUCUUGGAAACGCAGCAAAGAUGCACAUCAUGAUGAACUUCCAUGGUAACAAGGCUUUGCGAUGCGGUAUCAAGCCAUUUUGGCACAAUGUAAUCAACCUAUAUUUGAAGACAAUUUAAAAUAAUUUCUAUUUUCAACAUUCGCAAUAGACUUAAAAAGCAAUAGCUUCAAAAAUUAAGUAAAGUCAUUUGAGAACGUUAAGCAUUAUUUAUAAAUUCCAGUUACAAACCUUUUUUCGAUUAUUUUAUCUUAUAUUCCUAUUGCGAGCAUCACUUUACAGAAAUGCGUGGAAGAGGGUUUGGUUUAGUUUCUGAGUAGGUCAAACAGUGCGAUUAUCGAAAGGGUUGUGGUUUUCUUGCAUGGAAAAACUACGAUCUGGGCUUUUUUGACGUAAUUGAGGGAUGGCACUAGCACUAGAGGAGUGCUAAGGUAGGAUAGUGUCCCAUGCUAACCUCCCGUUGAAAGAUAAAAAUCAAUUCAUCGUUAAAAGCCAGGGAUGACGAAGAUAUCUGACGAAGAUAAGCCCCUCCCCAAGGCAGAAGGUCAGCAACCCCCCCCCCCAUCCGUCGAAAAAUUUCCGGCAAGUAUUUGCUUGAUAGUUGAACUGUUACAGAAAGAAAACCAAGAGUUAAGUUUCAAAUGUUUUGCGUCCAUUUGUAACAGCAAUACGUCUCUUCUUGAAAACCUUGAUACAGCAUUUUUAUUCUUUCAAAUUAAAAUCGUUGUUGGCAAUAUUAUGCUCAAUUAAAAAAACUCCAAAUACUGUAUCGUUUUCUUUUAGAAUUUCUCAUAAUCCUUUAAAGAAUCCGAUAGUCUCCGAAGUCAGAAUAAAUAUCAUCCCUCUUUUAUAAUUUUGCUUUAGAAACUCGAUGAUAUCAUUCGAAAAACUUCCUUUAUGACUCCCCGGCCUUUUCUCCUUAAUUUAAAAAUCAUCUUAACGAUUUAACAAAACGGCGCAGUAGCUUUUUCUGUUGUUCAGAACUAGAAAAAGUUCAGAACUUUCAGCGCCUUCAUCAUAUUUGGGUGGCUGGGUGACAUCUGGUGUAAAGGGCCGCCGUUAGAGCUCCUGAACAGGAAGGUGGGGAUGGGGUCACAAGCUGUAGUUAAUAUUUGCAGUUCACAUAGAUAACAUUAGGUAACAUUAAGUUACAUUGAAAAUGUGCAUGUAACUUUAAAAAAAAAUAAAACCAGCUUUACGGAUGUUUUUUUAAGAAGGAUUUUAAUAUAUAGACUGUUUCAAGCCCGCGAGGGGCGCUUUUCAUUACUUAAAAGGACAUGCAUAGAGAUUGACAGAAAAGUGAGGAUACGUGCCACUGGGAAUUAUUUUCAAUAGUUUGGAUCAGUUACUCAUAUCUAGCCUCGUGUUGAAACAUGUAUUUGAGAGAUGGGCUGACGUGACGUCUCGGAGUGUGCACGGAUCCUUUUUGGUUAAAUUAGAUUGAUUCCAAGCUUAAAUUGUAUCUUGUUUCGUCAGUAAAAAUUCAAAAACUCUAACCAUUGUAAUGUUAACAUUUGGUUU